GGUUUCUUAUUUUUUUAAUAAGGAUCUAUGACCCAGCAUAAUUAUCAGCAAUUCUAUAUGAUCUGUCGGGUCCAGUAAAGCAGAAUAUGAGUAUUCCAGCUAAUUUCCCGUUACAUUCUUCGGAGUUGCCAUUUCAACAGAUUGCUAAUAAUAAUGAUCAAAAUCAAGCAUCAACAUUUCUUAUGCUUCUAUAUGGCGAUUCAUCUCAAGAAAACUCUAAUUUUUCGUCACUCCCUAAUGAGCAAUUAACAAUUAAUAAUUUAGAAAUGAUGCGACCGCCAGUAAAAAAAAAAAGAUGUCAAGUAAGGAAUGCAUGUGUGAAUUGUCAGAAGUCAAAUAAAAAGUGCGAAGAAGUACGUCCAUGCAGUCGAUGUAUCAAAAAUCAUUUAGUUGAUUCUUGUACAAAUUCUAAGCGAAAAAAGAGACAAAAAGGUAUUAAACGAGGCCCGUAUAAGCGUAGAAAGAAAAUAGUUAUGGAUAAUAAUCCGAUCGCACCAUCUAUGGAUACGAUGGUACCUUUGCUUGAAACACCUGCUACAACUAAUAUGGAUUCUUCUUUAAUUGAUUUUACUGGCCAGCAAUUUUUCGAAUUCGAUUCAUUUCCCAGACUCUUUAUGCAAUCUCUUUCUGUCCCUUCUUUAGAUUCUAUGUCUUCCUAUCCUGCUAUGCCUCCUUUUGAAGAUAACCAUACGUCUUCGGAAACAGCAAUUGAUUCAGCUAUUCAAUGUCCAACAAGACCUCAAGAUAAUCCUCUUGAAAUGGUAUCUACUUUACUUGAUGAUACCUUAAUGAAGAGCUUUACUGGGCAUGUACUAGAUAGUCGUAUGGAUCCAUCAUGUCGACCUUUAUCACUUGGACAUGAGGCUGAUCUUGGAACUUUAGCAUCACUCUGUGCUGCUGUAUUGGGUGAAGAAUAAAUAGAAUACCUGCAACAAUAUAAGAAAUGAGGAUUUGAAGAGUCAGAGAUAAAAGAUGAUAUCGAAGAUUCUAUUAGUUAUAUAUAGAAAAGAUAUUGAAAAAUUAGAGAUAAACUCUAAAAAUGUUAAAACCAUAGAUCAAUUGUUAGAGUUGAGAUAUAUGAAUGGAAA